AUGAGAACUAAAUCAUGACACCCACUCACUUAACACUACAAAUACCCUCAUUCCCUUGCAUUGUUUUGCUCAUACAAGGCCUAGCUACUUAUAUUCUUUGAGCUAUGGUUUCUACAUCACCUCUUCCUAAGGUUACUGAUGGUUCGAACCAGGCAAACAGUCGAAGAGCCAAAUGGUGGUAUGCGACAUUCCAUAAUGUCACGGCAAUGGUUGGAGCCGGAGUCCUUAGCUUGCCUUAUGCCAUGGCUCACUUAGGAUGGGGUCCUGGAUCACUAGCUCUAGUUCUAUCAUGGUGCAUCACAUUGUACACUCUCUGGUUGAUGAUACAACUCCAUGAGUGUGUUCCGGGAACUCGAUUUGAUCGGUAUCGUGAUCUCGGGCAGUAUGCUUUCGGGCCGAAGCUCGGAUUAUGGAUUGUGGUUCCACAGCAGUUGAUUGUUCAGUUAGGUUGUGACAUAGUGUACAUGGUGACUGGAGGCAAGUGUCUGGAGAAAUUCAUGGAGAUUAUUUUCCCUAGUUUGGCAACAAUGCACACAUCGUAUUGGAUUUGCUUCUUUGGUGCCAUCCAGUUCUUUCUUUCUCAACUCCCUGAUCUUAAUUCCAUGUCUGCUGUGUCUUUUGCUGCUGCUGUUAUGUCACUCAGCUACUCAACAAUCUCUUGGGUGAGUUGCCUUAGUCGAGGGCCCAUUGACAAUGUGACCUAUUCAUACAAGAAAAGCUCACCAGAAGACUCAAUGUUUAGGGUCUUUGGUGCUCUAGGACAAGUAGCAUUUGCCUACGCAGGACAUGGAGUGAUACUAGAGAUUCAAGCCACCAUCCCUUCAAGUUCUACAAAACCAUCAAAGGAUCCAAUGUGGAAAGGCACUGUGGUAGCCUACUUCAUCACAGCUCUAUGUUACUUCCCUGUUGCCAUGGUAGGGUAUUGGGCAUUUGGCCAAGAUGUUGAGGAUAAUGUGCUUAUGGCCCUUAAGAGACCAGGAUGGCUAAUUGCUGCUGCUAAUCUCAUGGUUGUUAUUCAUGUCAUUGGGAGCUACCAAGUAUAUGCAAUGCCAGUGUUUGACUCAAUUGAGACGAUAUUAGUCUCUAAAUUUAAGCUUCACUCUGGGUUUGCACUUCGUUUGAUUGCUCGAUCUGCUUAUGUGGCAUUCACUCUUUUUCUUGGCGUCACAUUCCCAUUUUUUGGGGAUCUUUUGGGAUUUUUUGGAGGAUUCGGCUUCACCCCAACUUCCUAUUUUCUUCCUUGCAUAAUUUGGUUGGCAAUCAAGAAACCAAAGAGGUUCAGCCUUUCAUGGAUAGUUAAUUGGGGAUGCAUCAUCAUUGGUGUUUGCAUAAUGUUGGUAUCUACAAUCAGUGGUCUCCGGAAUAUCAUCUCUGAUUCAUCCACGUUUCAGUUUUAUUCAUGAAGAAAUUAAUAUAUUUGAAGUUUUAUAAUGAGAAAAAAUGUGUGUUUAGAUGACUACAUUUGUCAUGGGAUAAAUGUAUUAUGUUAAACAAGUGCUCUUCUAAUGAAAUGUUUUGU